ACUGAGUACAUGUCUGCUUUAGUGAGAUUAUACACAACAAGCCUGGGGAGUAUGAUCGCUGGAAACCAAUCGAGAUAAACACUUUCCCAAACACCCGACUGAAGGUGAAACGAUGUUGAUCUAAGUGUUUCAAGCUAUUGGUAUAAUGCGAUAAAGGAACACAAAACAGGAGUGACUCGAAUAAUAAUGAUCUGUCAAACCAAUUACACCUGCGAACAAGAUGCUUGGAUAUUCAGUGGAAUCAUAGGUGUGGCACAAACUGUACAGAAAUGUACAAAACAUGAGCGGAGGAUUAACCCGUUAACUAUUACCAUUAACCCAUUAACCAUUAACCCGUUAACCAUCUGCGGGCCGCGUGGAUAUCAGAUGGUGCCCCUGCGUUAGUGGAGCGGGAUAUGAUGUCCGCGAACACAGAGAGAGGCGUCUACUGCGUUAGUGGAGCGGGACACGAUGUCCGCAAACACCGAGAGAGGCGUCUACUGUGCCUGAAUCAAUCUGACCUGCAGGGCCUGUUUGGAUCUUCUCUGUAGCUGUCCGUUCGGGAUCUCAAAAGAUGAGUGUUGAGGUGGAGCGGAAGUUUGUGUGUGACGCCGGGAUGUGGAAACGGCUGGAAGAAAUCGGAGCUGUGUGUAUUGGUCAACGUGAGAUCCACGACCAGUACUUUGACACCCCAGAUUUUGAGCUGACUUUGAGGGACACGUGGCUACGUAAACGUGAAGACAGCUGGGAGCUGAAGUGUCCCCCAGCAGUCGGAAAGACGCAGGAGACGAGUGGAGAAGGACUGGAGGAGGCCUCUCUCUGUUCACGCUACAAGGAGAUCACCAGCCUUCCUGAGAUUCAAUCCAGAGUCAAAGAGGUCCUUAAGCAAUGUGCUGGUGGUAGCCUCAACACGGAUCCGCUCCCUGGUCCUUUGGUUACUGUCGGACAGGUAAGCCAUGAAGAACCAGGUGGACCAGAAGGAGUCGGCGACCCGUGGCCGGGGGAGCUGAACCUGCGGUGCUUUGCGGAGUUCACCACGGCCCGGCGAUCCUUCACCCUGCAGGAGGAGGGCGUGCAGAUAGAUCUGGAUCAGGCGGACUUCGGCUACACCGUGGGGGAGAUAGAAGUGCUGGUGCAGGAGGGAGAGGAGGUGGGGUCUGCUCUGGAGAAGAUCGAACGAGCAGCGAGGAGGCUGGGUUUGACCAGGAAUUUGCGAGUCGAAGGAAAAAUGGAUGUUUACCUCCAAAGAUUUUGCCCAGAGCAUUAUGUUAAACUACAAAGGGCACAUAUACUUUGAUAAAUGUUUUUAUAUUAAAGUUCAUACAUUUUAGGAAUUAUAUUUAAAUUGUACAAAUGUUUAACUAGUUUUCUUAAUUUACUUGCUACACAAGAAAAAUGUCUGUCUAUCUUAAAAUAUACUUCUGUAAAUUAAAAAAAAUCUAUUUCUAUCUAACUAAUACAAAUUUGUUAUGGGUUGAGAAAAGUCUUGAAAUAUAAUUGGUCUAAUAAAGGCUGAGAAUAUUGAUAAUUUGGACAUUUAAAACCAUGCUCAUGAAAAUCCUCAAUUAUUCCCUACUAACAGCAAUCUGGGAAAUACAUUAAAAUAUAUUGUAUGUAUUACAUCCACAAAAACUUGAGGUACAUGGAUUUUUUUUGAGACUUGGGUCGAUCUCAAUUCAUUUUAUUGUCACCAGCAGUGAACGUCUUCAACAGAGCUGUAAAAAAUACAAUAAACCUUCAUGCUGGAGGUGGCAGAGAUCAUAAUAGAAUUAGUUUGUAAACCCAAGAAUAUUUUAAAUAUCUUUAAACGAUAAAAAAAGUUAUUAGUUGACUUUAUUAUUUGUUAUAGCUAAUAAGACCUCAGUUCAAUAUAACACAUUCACAUGCCGCUCUGUGUCAUAAUCCCAUCCCAUGUAUUACGAGGUUCGUGGUAUGGAGGUGCUGAUAGGGGCCUUGAUGAUCUAAUCAUCUGAGUUAUGCUUAUGUGACCGGCGUCUCAUCAUGCUGAAGGCCAGCGGCCCUGGCCAGAGUCACGCUGUUGUGAUGCUGACGUCAGAGCAGUGAUGUAGAGAGGAACGCACACAGCCAGGUAAAGCCGCCUUCAAAACAGCUCGGAGGUUCGGAGGCUCUUACGUGUCUUUACGUAUACCUUUACGUCUGUGUGUCUGCCAGGGAACUUCUCCCUUGUUUUAUUUAUGUUGUUCUCCUUUUGUACUCAACGUUGUAGUCCAUGUGUUGUCCAUGUUUUAGUCCAUGUGUUUUUUUCCCUUUCCACCUUAAGGACCACAAUGGAAACAAGCUUUUGGGCUUUAUUGUGGUUUUUUUUAAUCCUUUUUAACACUUCUGUUAAUUGUUGUUCAAUAAAGUUUUCAAUCAAUCAAUCAAUUCCCUUCUUCCGAAAAGAUCUUGCCGCCCAGAAGUCUGUAGGCUAUGACAUAAAACCGGAAUGUUCGUGACCGUGAGUCAAGACUUCAUAACUAGUAUGGAUGCCCGCAGGGACCUCUUUGCCGAAUAAGAUGAAUCAGUUUUUAGAAUUGCUUGCGAUGGUUGAACAUGAGCGAGAAUUCAUCAGGUGAUGUUUAUAAUUGUAAGCUAUAAUGUAUCAUAAUGCAAAUGUUAGAAUGGGUGUUAAGUUCGCCUUUUAGUGUUGCUGCAUGUUCACUUUAGUCUAUCAAUGAAAUGGGCAGCCAUUGUUGUGACGUGAUGUCGGAGGUCUGCACGAAACUCCGAGCGAAAACUCUGUCCCAACAGGGUAUCAAAAUUACUUUCCUCCGAGCGGGUCCGAUCCUCCGAGCCUCCCGGAAACUCCGACUGAUUUGAAGGCGGCAUCAGUCCAUGGUCCAUGGACAGUCUCGCACACCCUGACGUGGUGGUUACGUGA